UGUAGGAAGAGUGUGUCGGAGUUGCGGGCAGAGAGAGAGCAGAGAGGCGGUCAUGUCAGAAAGCGGGAAUGCACAGUCGCAGGACGGAGGAUCGACAAGCUGGUUGACGACCCCAGAUGUGGGCAAUAGAGUGACCGUGGUCCUCGGAGCUCAGUGGGGCGAUGAAGGGAAAGGAAAGGUGGUGGACGUGCUGGCCCAGGACGCAGAUAUUGUCUGCCGAUGUCAGGGAGGCAAUAAUGCAGGACACACAGUUGUGGUUGAUUCAGUGGAAUACGACUUCCACCUUCUACCCAGUGGAAUUAUCAACCACAAGAUUACUGCCUUUAUCGGCAAUGGUGUAGUCAUUCACCUGCCGGGCCUUUUUGAGGAGGCUGAGAAGAAUAUGCGUAAAGGAAAAGGUCUGGAAGGCUGGGAAACAAGGCUCAUCAUCUCUGACCGUGCGCACAUUGUGUUUGAUUUUCAUCAAGCUGUGGAUGGAGUCCAGGAACAGGAGAGGCAAAAGAAAGCUGGCAUAAAUUUAGGAACAACGAAAAAGGGUAUUGGGCCAGUAUACUCUGCAAAAGCUGCUCGCAGUGGCCUGAGGAUAUGCGACCUCCUGGCUGAUUUCCAGGAGUUCUCAGACAGAUAUAAAAAUUUGGCCUCACAGUACAAGUCAAUGUACCCUUCACUGGAAAUUGAUGUUGAUGGUGAACUUGAGAAACUCAAGUUGUAUGUAGAUAAGAUAAAGCCCAUGGUGAGAGAUGGAGUCUUCUUUAUGUAUGAAGCUCUACACGGCCUUCCCAAAAAAAUUUUGGUGGAAGGUGCCAAUGCUGCAUUGCUGGACAUCGACUUUGGCACGUAUCCCUUUGUGACCUCAUCAAACUGCACAGUUGGAGGGGUGUGUACGGGUCUGGGCAUGCCGCCUCAGAACGUUGGCGAUGUGUAUGGAGUUGUCAAGGCCUACACCACGAGAGUUGGGAUCGGGGCUUUCCCCACUGAACAGAACAACGAAACUGGAGAGCUCUUGCAGACAAGAGGCAAGGAAGUGGGCGUGACUACAGGUCGCAAAAGGAGAUGUGGUUGGCUGGAUCUGGUGCUUAUCAGAUAUGCCCACAUGAUUAAUGGCUUCACAGCCUUAGCUCUCACCAAACUGGACAUUUUAGAUGUGUUUCCUGAGAUCAAAGUUGGUGUGGCAUACAAAGUAGAUGGUGAAGCCAUCCCCCAUUUCCCAGCAAACCAAGAGGUGUUACAGAAGGUUGAAGUCCAAUAUGAAACUCUGCCUGGCUGGAAUACAGACAUAUCUGCUGCCAGGACCUUUGAAGAACUUCCAGAAAAUGCAAAGAAAUAUGUGCGCUACAUUGAAGAACACUUGGGUGUGCCUGUUAAAUGGAUUGGUGUUGGGAAGUCACGGGAAUCAAUGAUCCAGCUCUUUUAAGAGGCUGCUUGGCCUGCGUGUUGCACUGGCUGAAUGCUCUGGACUCAUCAGGACCUCACAAGGUCUGUGCCAGGGACAGGAAGUUGCAACACAUCACUCCUCUCCAACUUGACUGCAGUUUCUCCGUGGCAAGAAGGUUGGACAUUCUUUUGUCACACUGAUAUCAUUAAUUAAUCUUUAUUCAAAAAGGGGCCUUCAACUUACUAGUAUCCAUUGGUCUGUGUUGUCUUUGUUCCUUAUGAAAAGCUUAGAUACUUGUUUUUGCCAUCAUUGAUCUGAUUGUCAGCUGUUUUUUCUCCUCUGGUAUUUCAAACUAUAUUAAGCUCAGUAUCUCCAUCUUGAGUCCGUAAGCUGUAUAUGUGCUACUACUUUAAACAGUCAGGCAUCAGAAGUGAUGUAUAUUGUAUUGUUAGGUUUUUCACACAGUAUGGAUAAAAUGAUUAAUUAUACUUGUUAUAUAUAUAUUUUUUUCUUUUAUUGUACAAGAUUCAACUGUUAUGCAAUGUGUACUACCACAUUUUGUCCUUGUUUUAAAUGGACUGUAGAUUGAAUUGUUCAAGUCAACUUAAUUUAAAAGUACAGUUUUAAAAUACGGUUGAAAUAUUUCUUUACCAGAUGCUUAAAAUCUAACGAUUUGACUUCUGUAAUUCAAAAUUCUUUGAUUCGGAAUAAGAAAUAUGAGUAAUACCAUCUCAAAUUGUAAUACAAUAACAUUACAUUUUAUUGACAUAUGUUAUCGAAACAUUAUAAUCUUCCUUUUAAAGGUACGGAAACAUACAAGGUUGUUUCCAUAGACUUUAAGCAUGUAAUAUUGUACAUUUUAGAUAAAAUGGCAGAGUCCUCUAAUUUCUAUCAACUCAGAUUAAGUUGUGAGGAUAAAGCCGGUGAAAACGAGAUAUUUGCCUUUCAUUAUGGAUUGUCAAAGUAUACUAAAGAUCCUUAAGAUAUUUAAGUGCAUUUAUAAACCAACAUGGAAGGCUACCUCAGGACAUAUUACUCACUGUUUAGCCAGUGAAAAGCACUGAUGCUUGAAUGUUGCAGGCACUUUUUCCCCUCUGUGGUUGCUAGUUGCUGCUGCUGUAGGAGGUCAGGUAUUUUGAUGACUUCCAGUAGUUCAUUUACAAAACCUUUACAUUUUUAGAGAUGAUCCAAGCAAUCGAAUGUACCAUAAUAAUUACUACAGCGUAUUUUAAUAGAGCUGUCAUGUUUGAAACUCUGGCCCAUUUUGCAUUUGCUUCUUUAUUCUGUUUUGUCACACCUUCAAUACUGCACCUUCCAAUAAAUAACCAAUAUAGGAAAAAGUGUGCCUUGUUAAAAACAAAAGAACCAUGAAACUUGAAAACUAGUGGUCUGAUUGAUCUUUUACAGAUUUUAAUUGAGAAACCUCAAUAUUUUACCUUUUUAAGGGCAUUAUUGUCGUGUCCAUGUAUCCAAAGAGGUAUCUUAACUUUUAAAGGGAUGCUGUGAUAUAAAGAUCCUUUGUAAAUGACCCAGAAUGGUAAUUUUUUUUUUUUUUUUUUUUUUUUUUUUUUACUGAAAGAAACCUGUUUAUUUCAGAUUUAUGAUGAAAUGCAUUUUCUGUUUUACUUUUUACUCAUACCUGCUGAAGAAAGUAUGUAUUCUGUUUUUUUUUUUUUUUAGCAUCAUCUAUUACAUGUCACAAAAUUCUUCUGAACAAAAGAAACCUAGUCAGUACUAAAGUGCAAGAAUAGCCUUAGGACAGGUGCAACAUUCAGUCCCAUUUUUGGCAAAUAUAACUGUAUGUUUGAGCAAAGUAAACCCGUUCUGCAAAUCUUUGCUCUGAAUUCAGUAUUGUGUUCUGCUGAUUGGGUUUUUAUGUAUGUAAACAGAAUACAAAGCCAUAUUCCCUUGAUCUGUUGUUACUGUGUUGUUGAUUACACUUUGCUGGUGGUGGAUACUGAUGUCUCUGCAUGUUCAUCUAGUGGAAUUUGCACAACAGUUCACUCACUUUGUAAUUUAAAAAUACUGGGAAUUAUCUUGGAUGGGUGGCAGACAUCUGUCAUGAUGCUCCAAUUAAUAAAAUAAUAUGGUGAUUAAGCA